UUGCUUCGCCUGCUCCCCCCCCCCAUCUACAAGGACAGAUGGUACAUUCCUCUGGUACAGCAUUCAGACUUGGAGAGAGAGCUCCUUUCUCUAGCAAAGAGCUGCUGCUGCUGGCAACCUUGUGGUGCGCUUGUAAUAGAAAAAGAGAGAGAUUACCCGUGCUGGGCCGAAAGGAUCCGGAGCCUGGCACCAGGCGUCUUUCCCCACCCAUUCCUCUCUCCUAGGGUGGCAUGACACUUUUUGGCAGCAGGGAAGGGUGCUGGCGAUAUCUAGACAUGGCCCGGGAACCUAAACUGAGCCAUACCAGGCCCAGUCAGAAGAGGCAGCAUGGCGUAUACCCCAGCUGUGACCUGGACUAUGAGCUCUUUAAAGAGGAUUUGCCAUACAGGGUUUAUGAGUAUCAGAAGAUCCCUCCCCUCAUCAGUCACAUCCCUGUCAAGAUCAGGCGAAGCCACUUAGGGGCAGGGGGCAAGACCAGCCUGGGCGCCCACACAGUGUUGAGAGGCAGCAGCAACUCCACAUCCGGACGUACAAAGUUACGAGCAGAGGAGCUACACUCCAUCAAAGGAGAGCUAAGCCAGAUCAAAGCCCAGGUGGACAGCUUACUGGAGAGUCUGGAUCGGAUGGACCAGAGACGUGAGCAUCCCACAGGCUCCAAAGAGGUUAAGAAGAAAGUGGUAGCUGGCACAGAGGCCUCAUACUCAGCAGGGGAACCCAUCCGGAGGAAGGAAAACACUGCAAAUGAUGGGCGGGCUGUUCUGCAGGACGUUGAUAGUGCAGAGGAGAGCACAGAUACUGAAGAGGCGGCAAGAAAUCACACGUUGGAUCCUGAAGGCAGCCAGUAAAAGACCUGGAGUGCCAUGACCCUUUUGCCUAGCAUUUCCUUUCCUGUGUUUUGUAUUUCUUUCAAUGCCUUCAGCUGGUGCUGCAUCUGACAUCAGUUAUUCGCAAUCAGUGUUGGUGGAGACACAAAAAGUUCCGCCGCAGUCUCACUAGCACUUUUAUCUGGUCUGGCAGAGAGAGACUCCAGUGACGUGUCAAGGGAGAAGCAGCUUGGUAUUCUUUGUUGUCAAAAUUAAAAUAUGCCAGUGGGGGAGAAAGGUGGGGGGAAAGCAGGCCGUACCGGCUGCACAAUUGAACCAGCUCACCGUUAAACAAAAAUAAAGCAGUAGCUAUCUCCUAAGAUAUGUGUUGCUUCUGUUUACUGGCCGGGUACAUCUCCUGGACAG